CUCACUCCCAUCCCUUCCUUCCUUCUGCACAGGGACCAGCAGCAGCAGCAGCGGCGUUUGCCAAAGACAGCUCCCGGGGUGGCCGGCGGUCAGACAUGGGGGACGUAACGCUGCCUCGCCGCCUGUUCCUCUGGUGCAUGGCGCUCAUCUACAUGGUGGCCUUUGUCUCUCUCUACGUGCAGGUACCAGGUCUGUAUGGGAACGAUGGGCUGCUGCCUGCCCGCCGGCAGCUGCGCUACACCGGGAAGCCUCUGCUGGAUCAGCUGCUGUCCUCUCCCACUCUCCUGUGGCUGGGGCCACAGCUGGGCCUGGACACGCAGACUGCCAUGGAGCUGCUGUGUCUCACGGGGGCCGCCCUAAGCCUGGCGGCCACGCUGGUGGAGGCUCUCAGAGACGGCCUGGUCUUCUUCUGCCUCUGGGCCUUGUACCUGUCCAUGUACCAAGUAGGCCAGGUGUUCCUCUACUUCCAGUGGGACAACUUGUUGCUGGAGACCGGGUUCCUCUGCAUCCUCGUCGCCCCCCUGACGCUGUUCAGAGGACCUCGAGCGGUCAGGGAGCACGACGGCGUGACCUUCUGGCUCAUUCGCUGGCUGCUCUUCAGGCUGAUGUUUGCCUCUGGCGUGGUGAAGCUCACCUCGCGUUGCCCGACAUGGUGGGGCCUCACAGCGCUGACCUAUCACUACGAAACGCAGUGCAUCCCCACGCCGCUGGCCUGGUUCGCCCACCAGCUGCCAGUCUGGUGGCAGAAGCUCAGCGUUGUCGCCGCGUUCGUCAUAGAGAUUCCCGUGCCGUUGCUCUUCUUCAGUCCCGUGCGACGGCUGCGACUCGGUGCCUUUUAUUUGCAGGUGCUGCUUCAGGUGCUCAUCAUUCUGUCCGGCAACUACAACUUCUUCAACCUGCUGACGCUGACCCUCUGUCUGUCCCUUCUGGACGACCGGCACAUCAACUUUUGGCUCCGCAGGGCAGACAAGUCCGCAGACGACAACAGCGGCUCCAGGCCGUUGGCGUGGCUCAGCUACUUACUGGAGCUGGUGGUGUGGGCUCUCAUGAUCUUUGGAACAAUCAUCUGCUUCGAUCUGCAGGUGAAUUCGGCCAAGAACGGCAUCUCCUCUCGCACAGCAUUCACGUACCACCAGUUUAAUCAGUUUCUGAAGACCGUCACCAUCCCCUGCAUCUGGAUCGGCGUCCUCUCGCUCACCUGGGAGAUGGUCACCUCCAUGUUCAGGUGUGCGUGCGUCUCUGGCUUCCUGCAGAGACUCUGGGUGAUGGUCCAGUGGUCGGUGUUCGCUGCUGCAGCCGUAUCCAUGUUUGCAAUCAGUCUGGUGCCGUUUAGCUACGUAGAGAUCGACUCUCACGCCAGGCUGUGGCCGGGGGUGCGGCAGGCGCACGGCCUGGUGGAUCGCUACCAGCUGGUCAACUCCUACGGCCUGUUCAGAAGGAUGACCGGGGUCGGCGGGAGGCCGGAGGUGGUCAUUGAAGGGAGCAACGAUGGGGACACGUGGACGGAGAUCGAGUUCACGUACAAGCCGGGGAACGUAAGCGCGUCUCCUCCUGUGGUGACGCCACAUCAGCCGCGGUUGGACUGGCAGAUGUGGUUUGCAGCUCUGGGCCCUCAAACCCAGAGCCCGUGGUUUACCAGUCUGAUGUACCGACUCCUGCAAGGCAAAAAGGACGUGAUUGAGCUGAUCCAGACGGACGUCUCAAAGUAUCCAUUUCACCAGGAGCCGCCCGCCUACCUCCGAGCUCACCGCUACAGAUACUGGUUCACUGAACCGAAGGCCGACGGCUCUUACCCAGAGCGUUGGUGGAGGAGGGUCUAUGAUGAGGAGUUCUAUCCCAGAGUGCACCUGGGUAACGCCUUCCUGGACGGCAUGCUCAGUCAGUUCGGUCUAAAGGACAAAUCGGCCCCACGUCGGGUUUCCAACACCGCUGUUGCCCAGGCGGUGAGGUGGCUGCGCUCUCAGGUCAGAGGCGUUCCUGCCCACACGCUGAUCUGGACUCUCAUUGCCUGCAGCGCCACCUUCUGUCUGCUUCAAGGUUUGCGCAGCAAGAGCAAGCCUCCCGAACAGACCGCAGUCGCCCGUAAGAUGGCUGAGAAGGCGAGCGAUCACUCUGAAGGAGUGGCUGAAGACUUGUCAGAUCCUCCAGAGGAGAAACACAAGCAGGAGGAGGAGGAGGAGGAAGAUGAAAGGAACACUGAAGAAGAGGAGGAGGAGGAAGAGGCGGUCAGUGAGAACGAUGAGGAUGGAGAGGAGGAGAUGAAGAAAGAUGAGAUUCUUGAUGAAAGUUUUUGAAGAAGUUUCAGACUCUAAUCACCGCCUGCCUUAAAAAAAAAAAAAAAAAAAAAAAGCCAAAGGACAUUUCUGCUUCCUCAUCAGCCACCAUGUCUUCUGCCUACACUUUACUUCGUCUGUAGAUCCACUAAUGUUGGGAGAGAAAACAUUCCUGGUUGAGGAAACCAGAACAUGGGAUUCAAAGUGUUGAGCUCAGGUUUGUUUAUCAAGGGAGUAAAUGUAUAUCACUGAUGA